GUGAUCGUCCAGGGCCGGCGGGAAGAGUUUCAGUGUUUUCCCAGCAGCGCGCGCCCUCACUCCAGCGGCUGCCGGCCCAAACGUGGGUUGGCUGUGAACCCCGCGCGAGGAGCAGCGGUCACAACUUCCUGAGUUCGCUACGAGUACUGCACGCUUCCAUCCGUCUUCUGCUCUUCAUCAGGUGUGUAAUGAGUCACAGCAUGAAGCAGAAACAAGAAGGACUCCAAGAGAAUGUAAAGCAAUUAUCAGUAUAUCAGUUCAGUUCAGUCGCUCAGUCGUGUCUGACUCUUUGCAACCCCAUGGACUAUCAGCAUAUGAGCAGUCCUGUUCCAAGAAGAACUCUGAAGAUGAUUCAGCCUUCUACGGCUGGAUCUCUAGUUGGAAGAGAAAAUGAGUUGGUUAAAGGCUUGUCCAAACAGAAACAUUGGAAUGACCAGUUAAUAUCUAAGACUUCCAGCUCUGGAGUUGUUACUGACCCAGAACAUAGUAAAAAUAAAACUCUUGGAGGAGUCAGCCAAGAAGCAUUUGAUCUUAUGAUUACAGAAAAUCCAUCCCCUCAAUAUUGGAAGGAAGUGGCGGAAAAACGGCGGAAGGCUCUCUAUGAGGCCCUUAAGGAAAAUGAGAAACUUCAUAAGGAGAUUGAACAAAAGGACAAUGAAAUUGCCCGCCUGAAGGAGGAGAAUAAGGAACUGGCAGAAGUGGCAGAACAUGUUCAGUAUAUGGCAGAGAUGAUACAGAGGCUGAGUCAUGAACCUCUGGAUAACCUUGAAUCACCGUAUAGUCAGGAAUUUGAUCCUGAACAGGCAACUGCUGAGGAUUCUGAAUGAAGUAGAAGACUCAGAAAUUGCUGGUACAUGCGCUGAAGAAGUUGUGUCUUCCCCUACAGAUGUAAAACUGAGUAUAUGAAAUUCAGUAACUGCCAAAGUUUACCUCCAUUGUAGUUCUUUGUAGCAGAGCAAAUAACUUUAUUAUAUACUUUUUUUUUUUUUUUUUUGCAAAUAACUUUAUAAUGAAAACUUGUUAUCAGAUUCUCUUGUUUGUAUCCUGGAGCCCUAUUAUUGUAUUAAAAUACAAAUACUAUGUAUUUUUAAUCUAUGGUGUUUUGUGUAAAUAGCAUUUUUUCAGUUGUCAGACAUGGCUUGUAUAUAUGAUAAAUAAACUUCAUUCUAUUGA